AUCUCCCCUUCCCCCAUCGACAUGGACUUCGACGAAUCGUGGUGCCCCGUUUGCGACAGGCAAAUCAUGCCCAAACGCUACCAAGUCCCCAUCCCUCCCCCUCAACCCGAGCAGCCCGCUGCCCCUCUCACCGCCCCUCCCUCAUCUCCUUCCUCUUCUUCAUCGAAAGCCGACGCCACAGCCGCCCAACCUACUCGCUCCAAGGCGGCCGCCGGCAAAGCAAGAGGGGGUGGUCUCCUCCAGGGAACGGGCCGUGUCCGUCCCAACGGCGCCAUUAAGCGCACUGACUCUACCAGCGCUUCAAAGCCUCCUGCUCAGCAGUCAACAAAACCUGCCGCUCCGGUCAAGCACCGGACAGUCAUCGAUCAGGGGCCUAUCCCUCUCUAUUGCUCUGACGAGUGUCGGAUGCAAGAUAUUCCUCGCUUUGACGCAGCCUUCCCCCACGAUUACAACCCAGAUCGCGAAUCGGCCCCAUACUCUCCUGUCUCUCCGAGUAACUCGUACUCUCAACCAGAGACUGAAGAUGAUUCGAGCUCUGGCUCAUCUCUGGACUCCGGUCUUUCAUCCUCUUCCGAGUCCAACUACGAGUACUGUUCGCCGAGCAUCGCCACUCUUGCCGCUAUGUACGGCUGGACUCUGCCACCGCCUUCCCUUCCCCUUCCUCCAAAGGAAAGUACCACAAUCCCCGAGCCCGAGUUCUCGAACGACUACCAAUGCGGUGUCAUGAUGGCUGCACGGCGUAUCAAGACUGCACUAUGCCCGGAGCCUGCGCCCAAGCGGUCGAUUUUCUCAUCCGUCGAGCCCGAACCCCGCAAGCCAGUCCCCGGAUGGACUGAUGGAAGCGAUGCUUGGAGAUCUAGUGUCUACAACUUCACACCCAUCGCCAACAAGGGUGCCGGUGCUUCAUAUGUCCCUGCUCUUUCACACCGUAAGGGCGGUGUCCCUUCAAGAUUUGGCGACAGUUCAGCAUCUUCGGCACCAAAUAAUCGGCGGAGUGGCGUACCUCCCCGGCGGCCUGUUUCCUCAUCAACAAAUGAGCUCUACGCCAAGUUUUCUGAGCAGUUCGCCCGCCGCUCGGAGUCGAGAACAGCACUGUUCCCUCAAUCCUCCUCGUCACAAUCAUUACCUCCUCUCUCGCCAACUUCGACGACAUCUUCCUGCCAUCGCAAGGAAGUUCCCAUAUUGAAGCCAGGGGCUGAGGGACGCCUGCUCGUUCCCGAUGUUAAGCUCCGAGCUCGCACAGGUUCCAGCUACAGUGUCUCUUCGCGCAGCACCCGUAGUCCUCUCGCUCGUCAACCAAGCGAGUCCAGCGCUGAUAGUGCAUGGAAUGAGAAGCUUGACUCACCAAGACCAACUCAGCAAAAUCGCUCUUGGUCUUACGACAACGUAAAAACAUACCCAGUCAUGAUGCCCACUCCCAAUAAGGAAAAACGUAUUGUGAAGCGGGUCGUCGAUGGUGAGGAGAAGGAUGUUGAGAUUGAGGUGGAGGUAACUCCCCAUCUCAAGCGUCUCUUCAUCUUCGACGACAGGGAGCCUUCGUCAAGAAGCAAUCGCUCGUAAUUUUUUGGACUUCAUGAUACCCUCGGGGCGCUCGCAAACAGUGCUGAACGUCACUUCGUCACGACACAUACCCGGUCUAUGCCUCUUCAUCUGCCUAACCAUGCGCAUAUCCAUCGGCUUCUCCGCAUCGACAUCUGGGCGACCCUACUGCAUUCUCUCAUAAUCGCGCUCACCGCCGCCAAAAGUUACAUAACGACUAUUCUCUAAACUUGUAUUUUCUAAUGAUGCCGAUUAUCUCUCGGUCUUUUCUUUUCUUGGGGUGCGCGUAUUUGUAUUGCAGGCGGUUUCACUUUGACGACACUGUUACGAUACGUCUUCGGGAUACGGAUUCUCGACUAAUGACUCUUGCAUUGUGGCAAAGGGACUAGCAUGAUUUGUCCGCUGUUUCUAUUUGUCUCCUCGCACUUUCCGUGUUCAAUGUUUUCGAUGUCGCACUGCAUUGUUUUGUAAGUAAUGUCUGUACCUCUAGCUGGUAAAUAUCACGCAAGCAACAGAAUGGCAAACAUAUCAUAAUACUUUGGAAGCC